GUGUCCGUGCCGAUGCCUGCUCAAAAACCAGCGGAGACGGCAACAAAUCUUUUAACAAAAGGAUUCAGGAGAGUGGAUUCCCUGUUGGAGUCUGCAUCCCGCUCUUAUAUAAUACAUCCACGGAUGAAGAAGCAGGACAGAAAAAUGAAGCCAGCGCUUCUUUAACUGUGAGCGGAGGUGAUCGGUCCUGCGCAGGCCUGGUUCAUCUCAAAUGAGCCUCCAGUUUAUUUCAAAGAACAGAACAAAUGCGGGCACCAUGAACGAAGAGGAAUAUUGUCAGCAGCACGACACUGAAAGUGUUCGUUUUAAAGACAACCCGGGCAGUAAACCGCUGGGAGUCCAUCAACAGCUGGAUGUAAAGCAGACAGAUGAUAUCUCACAACUGUUGGCAAUUAAAGAGGUUCCCCCUGAAUGGAGCCCCACCUCAGAUCCGCAAGACCCAGAGGUCAUCCAAAUAAAAGAGGAGCAGGAGGAGCUCUGGACCAGUCAGGUGGGAGAGCAGCUAAAUGGGGUGCAGUUGGCGGAUAUCUCCAGGUUUCCAGGCCAUGCUGUCAGUGUGAAACAUGAAGACAGUGACGAGAAAUCUGAGUAUUCACAAUGUUCUCAAAGAAAAACUAAAUGCAACAGAGAAGCAGAGGCUUUAACUGCCCCCCCAGCUAAAGGAAUAAAAAUGGAAACUGAUGGUGAUGACUGUGGAGGACCGGAAUCAGCUAGAAGUCCAUAUCAAGAUAUUUAUAUACAUCCAAAUGGUGAUGAAAAGGCUUCCAGCUUAUCUGAGACUGAAGUCAGUAUUAAUGAUGAUGAUGAUGACUAUUAUUGGCAGGAGCCUUUAUCAGACUCUGGACCUGACACUGAAGACAGUGACAGUGACUGGAAGGAAACCAGGACACCUGAAUUAGGUGUAAAUAGUGACAAAGGACAAGACAGUUCUAAAGUAUCUGAAUGUAAUAAAACUUUUCUUUGCAAACAGUCACUUCAGGGAGAGAGGGGAAGAAUGUCUUCCUCUGGUUUGGCUAAAAAGAAAUGCUUUACAGUAUCACAAAAUGAUGAUUCAUCAGUGGCAGUACGCACCGGAGAGAAACCAUUUGGCUGUGACGUUUGUGGACAAAGGUUCAACCAAAAAACACAUCUAAACACUCACAUAAGAAUUCACACGGGAGAGAAACCCUUUUGUUGUGAUUUUUGUGGACAGCGCUUUAACCAGAAAACACAUCUUAAGAUCCACAUGAGAAUUCACACGGGAGAGAAACCUUUUGGUUGUGAUAAUUGUGGCAAAAGAUUUAGACACCAAUGCACUCUCAAAAUACACAUGGCAGCUCACACAGGGGAGAAACCAUUUACCUGUGACGACUGUGGUAAAAGAUUCAGUCAUCAGAAAAUUCUGAAGGCGCACAUGACAAUUCACACAGGAGAGAAACCAUUUCACUGUGAUGAAUGCGGUAAAAGUUUUAGCCAACAGGGAAUUCUGAAGGCGCAUAUGACAGUGCACACAGGAGAGAAACCAUUUGGUUGCAGUAGAUGUGAUAAAAAGUUUAGACUACAUAGUGAUCUCACAGCACAUAUGAGAGUCCACACAGGAGAGAAACCAUUUGGUUGUGAUAAGUGUGGUAAAAGAUUUAGCCAAAAGGGAUGUCUGCAGAGACACCUUAGACUCCACACAGGAGAAAAGCCGUUCAGUUGUGACGACUGCGGAAAACAAUUUAAGCGAAAGACACACCUUAAAGCACACAUGACAGUUCACACAGGAGAUAAACCAUUUGGCUGUGAUGUCUGCGGCGUAACAUUUUCACGACAGGGAACCCUGAAGAGACACAUGAGGGUCCACACACGAUAGAAACUGUAAAGUAACAGGGUUUUGUCCAAAAUAUUGGUAAAGUGUGUUGGCGCAGAUCAGAGCAGUGGAUUUCCUUUAUGGCACCGUGAUAACUGAGAGUGUAGGUUGAUACCUCUCAGACAGGUCUACUGUAUUCCACUGUCUCUCUUCUGAAGCUUAAGCAAAAAUGCAUAAGGGGAAAAUAUCCUAGAGAAUGAUGAGGUAAAUGAUGAUGCUGACAAAAUGUUAACAUCCAUGGGAAGAAGUAAAUUCUCCCCAGUCACAUGUGAUGGUAGAGUGAAACAACUUUUACAAGUUAAGAAUGCAUUGCUCAAAAAAAAAGAAAAGAAAUACUUUUUAAUCAGAGUAUAGAAUUAAGUCAGUUAAACCACUGGGAUAUUAACCCGGUCAGUCAAGUAGCAGAGGGGGUUAUUAGUCAGUGUUAAUGAAAUUAACAACAGGUGCACCAGGAGGGCGAUGAUGAGGCAACCCCCAAAACAGGAAGGACUUUUUUUCCCUCCUUUUAUCUAAUUUCUUUUCACUAUUCUGGGAUUUGGUAAGGGUCAGUGUCACUACCCUUAGCAGAUGAUUCCUGGACCCUGCAGAGGUUACAUAGGUAGUCCAACUCCUCCAGGAUGGCACAUCAAUACGUGCCAUUGUCAUAAGGUUUAAAAUUCCAAGAGACAGGCAGUUACUCUGGGAGAGCUGGACAGGGCUGUAGGAAGUCCUUAAACCAUCAGCAGGACUGGUAUCUGCUCCUUUGUGCAAGGAGGAACAGGAAAAUGGACCAGGCUGUAGCAUCUUUUUUUCACUUUAAUUUUUGAGGUGUCUUUGAAUUAAGCCCCUUAAGAUAAUUUUAAUUUCCUCAAACGAAGAGGCAUCCAUUCAUUCCUAUCUCAUUACUCCAGUCCAUAUCAGUAUUAGAUAUCCAUUAUGAUUUUUUCCCAUUGAGAUCUGAUGUGUUUUCAUAGUGGUCAAUUCAUGUUUUUUGAGUAGUCCAUUUAGUAACACAAAUAAGAUUAAUACUGGGUUCAGCCCCCUGUCACCUUCGAUUUGAUAAGUGGUUAACAAAAAGGAUGGAUGGACUAUGUCUGUGAAGGUUCUCAGUCAUCUAGGUCAUCAUAUUCUAAAGACCUUGGAAAGAAAAGCGUAUCGACUUCUUUAAGUUGCGAGAAGCUUCUUCAGUUCUAAGGUCAAAAUAUAUAAGACCUUGAACUGAAGAAGGUCUUUGGAUGAGAGGUGAAACGUCUUCAAGCAACUUAAAGAAGUCCAGACGCUUUUUUUCCCAAGCUCCUUACACGAUGGAUGGACUACAUAUUUAGUUAAUAUAUAUAUCAAAUAUAAUAAUAAAACUAUUACUUUUAAUAACAGGAAAGCAAUACAUAAGAAUAGGCUGGAUGGAGAACAAAUGACAGCAGGAAAGUGUAGCUCGAUUGCUAAAAAUAAAGUGUUAUAUCGAGAAAAAGUGUACUUUCAGUGUUGAUCAAAAUGUAUAAUUCUCCUUUCUUUAGCCUUAUACACAGUUUGUUGUUUACCAGUAUUAUGAUUUUUAUUAUUGCUCCCAGAUUUAUUUUUUACUAUGCAAUGUAACCACUCAUGCUGGCUCUAAAGGUAAAUUUGCCUGAUAAAUAUUUUGUAUAAGACAACUGUGUUUCUAAUUUCCUUUGAGGACUUGAUGGACUGAAGCUAAUGUAGACUUGAGGUCCACAAAUAAAAUUUCUUAACAUUUGAUAACUUGCCUUUGUACUGUUUUCAUGUAAUCCCAGGUUCUUAAGCAAACAUUGCAAUACUGUACAUUUCACUGACAAAUACAGAUAGUGACCUCAUUCAGGUUAAAAAAGAAAC